UCCGCUGGCCGCCUGGGCUCCGCGCUGCCCUUCCUGCUCGUGCUCCUCGACCUGCAGUACCAGGGAGCUGAAUGUGGUAUAAAUGCAGAAGUAGAAAAACAGCUUGAAAUGGGAAAGAAGUUAUUGGCCGCUGGACAGCUAGCAGAUGCUUUGUCUCACUUCCAUGCAGCUAUAGAGGGAGACUCUGAUAACUACAUUGCUUAUUACAGAAGAGCCACGGUGUACUUGGCCAUGGGCAAAUCUAAAGCAGCAAUUCGUGAUUUAAGUAAAGUGGUUGAAUUGAAGCAGGACUUCACAUCAGCAAGAUUACAGAGAGGACACUUACUGCUCAAGCAAGGAAAAUUUGAUGAAGCAGAGGAUGACUUCAAAAAUGUGCUCAAAUCCAAUCCUAGCAAUAAUGAGGAAAAAGAAGCCCAGACUCAGCUGACAAAGUCUGAUGAGCUACAGCGUCUGCAUUCACAAGCAUUAUCUGCCUACCAGCAAGAGGAUUACGAAGCCGCUAUUUCUCUUCUUGAUGAAAUCUUGGCAGUUUGUGUUUGGGAUGCAGAGCUACGGGAACUUCGAGCUGAGUGUUAUAUAAAGGAAGGGGAACCAAGCAAAGCCAUUAGUGACUUGAAAGCUGCUGCCAAAUUAAAGAAUGAUAAUACUGAAGCCUUCUAUAAAAUCAGUAGAAUAUAUUAUCAGCUGGGGGACCAUGAAUUAUCACUCAGUGAAGUCCGGGAGUGUCUGAAACUGGACCAAGACCAUAAGCAAUGCUUCUCUCUCUAUAAGCAAGUAAAGAAACUCAAUAAGCAGAUCGAGUCAGCAGAGGAAUUCAUCAGAGAAGGCAGGUAUGAAGAUGCUAUCAGUAAAUAUGAAUCUGUAAUGAAAACUGAGCCAGAAGUCCCAAUUUAUGCUACUCGUGCCAAAGAAAGGAUCUGCCACUGUUUAUCAAAGAAUCAGCAGGCUACAGAAGCCAUAGAAGUUUGUACAGAAAUUCUGCAACUGGAACCAACCAACGUGAAUGCCCUGAAAGACAGAGCAGAAGCAUAUUUGCUGGAAGACCUGUAUGAAGAAGCUAUUAAAGACUAUGAGACAGCUCAAUCCAAUAGUGAAAAUGACCAGCAGAUUCGAGAGGGGCUAGAACGUGCCCAGAGGAUGCUGAAGCAAUCACAGAAGAGGGAUUACUAUAAAAUCUUAGGAGUAAAAAGAAAUGCUCGAAAGCAAGAAAUCAUAAAAGCUUACAGAAAGCUGGCAUCCCAGUGGCACCCUGAUAACUUCCAGAGUGAGGAAGAAAAGAAGAAAGCUGAGAAAAAAUUCAUUGAUAUAGCAGCUGCUAAAGAAGUCCUCACUGACCCAGAAAUGAGGCGGAAGUUCGAUGCGGGAGAGGACCCACUGGAUGCGGAGAGUCAACAGGGUGGGGGCAACCCUUUCCACAGGAAUUGGAACACGUGGCAAGGAUUCAACCCUUUUGGUUCUGGAGGAGGACCAUUUACAUUCAAAUUUCACUUCAGCUAGAGCCAAGACUGUUUCUGGUGGCUGCUGCUGUUUUUUACUGAAUUCGUUGAAAAUAAAUCUCUCAGUUCAAGACCCAAAAAUCUUAAUUUCUAAUGUUGUCCUUAACCCAGAGUCUUACUGCACUAGAAGAAAGCUCCUUCUUUCUUUUAGUGUUCAGAGGGUUUGCUUUGUGGUGAACUUGACAAGCUUGUACUGGUUGGGGGGCUUUGUUACUGCCUAUGUAUUUGUUGUGGAUAUGCAGAACAUGUUUAUUUCUAUGGAUGGAGAAAACAGUAAGAAGCUACUUAGGACAACACUUAAACAUAAAUUUAGGACUCAAGUAUAUGCUUAAAGGUAAAAAUGCAUGUAAAUAUUUUUCUGAGUUGGGGCCUAAUAAAUAUGGAAGGGGUAGUUACAGUAGUCUCUACGUUAACAAAUUGUUAGUCAUGCUCAGCAGAAUGAUCCAUCUCUCAGUAUUCUUAAAAGGAAACCCUAGUGACCACCUGCUGUAUUACUAUCGGCAGUGCCAUGGGUGGGGUGAAGAAGCUGCGUACUGAAUGAGACUGAACAACUGCUCUGGAAGAAGAUUGCUUGUAACUAAUUGUAUUUGAAAAUGUCUACUUGGUUUAUUCAUUAACCUGAAAUGAAUUGGGAUGAUUUCCUUGGCGGUAACUGUCAACUCUGAAAGUAAAAAAAAAAAUAUACCUGAUGUUUUUAGAAUGACUUUUUCUGAAUGUGAUUUGAGAUGUUUAGGUAUCAUUUUUGAGUAGUUUGCACUUUAACAAAAUACCUGCUUGAGAUUUGAGCAAAAAAUUUGAUGUGACAUUUCCCCAACUAUGCAGUUACUUCUCUGUACAUAAACUCAGAACUGAUGCAGGUUGAGGCGAGUGUACUGCGGACUGUAGGAAUACGAUAUUAACUCUAUCCUUCCCCUGUAAUGCAACUUCACUUCUGAUGGGUGAUGCAACAGUGAGUUAAUACUGUGUAAAAUUGUUUGAAGUAAUUUUAUGCUUCCUGUAACAGCGACAGUUCUGCAAAAACAACUGCCUGUGUGCAAAAAGAGGGACUCUAACUUUCCAUUAGCCAAAAGUCUGGUUAAUUUUUUCUUUAUGCACAUAGCUAAAAUUGGUUAAGUGUAUUGAUCGAACUGUGUGAAUGCGGUGUGAGGUAUUACCAGGAGUGUAGCUGCUCUGAAUGAAUAGUCUUUUCAUUCUGUAAUGGAAUAUAUCAUAAUUACUGAUGAGUUUUGUCAGCAGCCAUUUUCUUAGAAUGUAAGAAUUGCAUUUCAUCGAUGUUUUUUGUGAUUGGAUUUUAAUUGGAAAACAAUAAUCAGCUGAUAGGAAUCUUCUCUCACUUUAACUCACAGCAUUUGAAAGCAUAAGCAGCCUCUGUAAAACAAAUGAAAUUAGCAAAUAAGGUCUUCAAUCUGAAAGUGAGUUUUUUAUUACUGUAAUCGAAGUUGCUAAUGAAGCAUAGCCCUUGUCUCCUGCCUCAAGUACUUUACAAACAAUCGUGAGACCCCGUGGCUUCAUAAAAUGUUUUUCAACAACAAUAUAAAGGUCAGUGUUUGUUCAGCAGAAAUUUAUCUUGGAGCUGAAGAAUGUGUGUACUGAUUUCUAGCAGUUUACGUUACAAAACCACCCCAGCAGCCUGCUAAACUCCAGUGUCAGAUAUUUUCCAAGUUGAAUGACUUCCUAGAACUUCGACUUCUGCUUUUGACCUGUCUGAAAGCUUUUUGUUUAAACUCUGUAGAAGAUGCUUGAGAUGCUGCUCACGCUGUUCUAGGCUGGCGUGGUUCUUGCAGGACCUCUGGGGCUCAGACAUAGGAACCUGCUGCACAAUAAAUAACCUGUUACCCCCAGGUAUCAGCUGAUGCAGACAGCUCUCUGCGUGUGUUUUUUGCUUGUGGUAAGGAAAAGAUUGGUAGGCAGCUUUCACAUACAACAGCUGCUCGUGGCUGUCACCAGCCCGCUGUCCCCAAGGGGUGAGCUAGGCUCAGCCGCGCUUGCUGCAGGCCGGGGGGCUGCUGCUGUGUGGAUUGCUGGUCAUGUGUGUCUGUGUGCGAGCUGCUGCUCUGUAUAAACUCUCAUAUUGCCUUGUUCGCUACAGGAGGGGCUGUUUUUAAAUUACUAUUGAAUGACCAGUGUAAGCAGUAUGUCUCAUUCUGUAUGUACAGGAGUGUAGUUCAGUUUUGGGAAGCCACACUGAACACCACAGACAGUUGUUUGCGUGCUAGGGAGGUGCUAGAAAUGAUCCGCCUUCUUUUAAAGGAUUACCUUUGUUCAGCUUUUUAGUUCUCAUCCCUUUCCCUUCUCUGUUUUUUAAAAGCUGUAGCCAAGGAAAUUGUUCCCUGAUUUUUUGUUUCUUUCUUUUAGGGAAAGAGUAAGAUGGUCCCUCAAAAGUAAAGUAUUCAUACAAGGCAGUGCAGAUCUGUUUCCCUAAGGAGAUGGACACUUCUGCUCUACACUGGAAGCAGGCAGGAACAAAAAGGAUUAAGUUUAUUUUGAAUGUGAAUGGGAAAGGGAAAAUUAAGGGGAAAAAAAAGCUUGAAUAUAGUCGCAAAAGAAGGAAGAUGAUUAAUGCGUGAAUGCUGUUCAUAGAUUUUUGUCUGUGGAAGACUGGCUUGAAAACAAAAAGUGACAAUGGAGAACAAGGCUUUCUGAUAUCAAGCAGCUGCUGAUUACAAGAAGUGUUACAAUUCGAUGGUGGUAUUAAGGGAACAGAUGCUGUUUUUUAGCUCUAAGGUACUUCUGAAAAUACAGAAAGACAAAGGUGUGUUAGAAAGCAUUUGUGUUUUAAGGCUUUCCAGAUACAGCGCUGCAUUUCCUGAUGUGACUAGAAGACAGCACCAGUUACACACAGCAUUAAUGGUGCAAGCGAUGUACAAGGAAUCUGAAUCCACCUUAUUUAUUUAUUAGUGGGUGUCUGUAGUGCAAUAAUGUUCAAUAAAUGAACAUUGAAAUAAAUGUCUUGGUAGUUUGUAAACCCCGAGAUGUGCAUGAAGCAUCAUUACAAUAAUUGGCCUAUAUGUAGAUGCAAACUUUCAGUUUUAAUAAACUAGUUUCCAACUUGUUUUAAAAUGAAGGUGCAGGGGAGCGUAUUUUACUUGAUACAUGCUUAAUACUGAUGUAUUAAUAAAUCAGUAUUAAAAGAAAUUCAAAGUGAAUUAUAAACUUCAGAGCUCAAACUUGUGACAUAUGCUGAAAACGUGUCAGCUUGAACUUUUUUUAAAAAAAUAAAGCUUGCUAUUGUUUCAGUUUUCAGAGCAGUGUUUGGAAUAAUUAUUCUUCUGUUUAGGGCUGUGAUUUGUAGGAGCUUUGCUGGAAAUUAGCCAGUAUAGCAUAGCAGGUUAGUUGUAUUUAAAAGUGCCUUAUUGUAAGGUAUUGUUAGUUUGCUCUGUAAUACACACUUCUAUCCAUAAAAUAAUAAAAAAAUGGGAGAAUAAUUUUUUUUUUGCCCUCGGCAAAACUCAACGUAGCUGUUUUAUGUUUUAAGAAGGAAAAGUAAAGCUAGCCAGAGAUUUAUCAAAUGUUUCAAAUUAUAAAAUGUCUUUAUAUGAAAUCAUAAAUCUAAAAGCAACUUUUUUCUAGAACUGUGGGAAUUAUUUUAUGGUAUUUUUCACAAUAAAGAUAUUUAUGAUGA